AUGCAACAUAGACGCUACGAUCUCGUCGUUUUUGGUGCCACGGGGUAUCUGGGUUCCUUGGUCAGCAAUUACUUGUCUGCCAAUGCACCAGCUACUCUCAGAUGGGCCAUAGCCGGUCGGAAUGCAGCCAAGCUGCGGGAGCUGUCGGGCAGGCUACAAGAUGCCUACCCUCAUCUUGAAGCGCCCGAAACGGUGGUCUCAACUCUUGAAAUUGAUGAUUUGGACCGCAUGGUAUCCGAGACAAGGCUGGUCCUUAACACUGUCGGCCCGUUUAGCAAACACGGGACACCAGUUGUUGAGGCAUGCAUUAGACAGUCCACAGCCUAUGUGGAUUCUACUGGCGAGCACACCUGGAGCCAUGAAAUUGCCAUGGCUCUUCAUGACCACGCCAUUGUUAAAAGGGCAGCUAUCAUCCCCCAUUGCGCGAUUGAGUCUUCUCCACCAGAUCUCAUGACAUAUCUACUGCUAAGAAAGAUCAACGAAGCUCGUCUGGUUCCAACAGGGCCAUUAUACUUUUCAAUCGAUCACACCUGGCCAGGAUACAGUGGCGGUACAGUCGCCGCCAUUCUCGGUGUGUUGAGCACCUACUCUCUAUCGCAGAUAAAUGCCUCCAGUGUGCCCAUGGCCUCCUGUGUGCCCAACUCUGGCUCCAAUUCCCCCCAUGCCAUCUCGAUUCUGCCGGUGCGGUACGACUCAUUCUUGGGUCCUGUGACAUUCAAUCCCUCCGCUAUGGCUGACCGCUGGGUCGUCUUGCGCACAUGGUCCCUACUCCAACGCUUUGGAGCUGUGGAGGAGAAAUAUGGACAGCGCUUUAGUUUCCAGGGAUAUAGCCGCGCCCCAAAUGUACUCCAGGCAUGGCUGUCCUUUCUCGCUGUAUCAUUUGUGACGUUGUUUGUCAUCUUGCUCCCGCCCGUGCGAAGCCUCUUAGCAUGGUUAUCACCAGCACCUGGGACGGGACCGCAGGUCUCUAGGGAAGAGAAACACUAUGUAGAGUGGAAGGCCACAUUGCAGGCUAUUCCGACGACCGGAGGCUUGAAGCAUGCCGCCCGUGCGACUGGUACCAUGAGAAUCAACAUGGAUGUAUACCGAUGCUGUGCUCUCUUAGUUGCAGAGGCUGCCCUGUCAGCUAUUGAAGUGCUUGACAGCGGUGAGCCUUCGUCGCUUUUGACCCGACUCCAAGGGGGUGUACUGACGCCUGCAUGCCUAGGCAUGACGUAUAUUGACAGACUGAAAAAGGCCGGGUUGGACAUCAGUAUCAAUCUAGAAACAUCCCCUAAAGAGAAGUUAUAA